AUGGUAUAUAAGAAAGUUGUUUAUCGGACAUAUUCAGUUGCCUUUCAGCAACGGAUAGAUCUACAGUAUAAAGGUCUAUCUAUGGAGCAAAAGAUGGUCUUUACUUCCUACGCCACAAUUGAUUUUUCUGGAAAUAGACUUGAAGGAGAAAUUCCUGAAUCUAUCGGUCUCUUAAAGGCACUAAUCGCACUCAACUUAUCAAACAACGCCUUCACUGGCCAUAUUCCUUUGUCUUUGGCCAAUCUUAUGAAGCUCGAGUCACUAGACCUAUCAAGUAACCAGCUCUCUGGAACUAUUCCUAAUGGACUAGGGACUCUCUCGUUUUUGGCGUACAUGAACGUGUCUCACAACCAACUCAAUGGUAAAAUACCACAAGGAACACAAAUAACUGGGCAACCAAAAUCGUCAUUUGAAGGAAAUGCAGGGCUUUGUGGUUUCCCUCUUGAAGAAAGUUGCUUUGGGACUAAUCAGGCUAAAGAAGAAGAAGACGAUGAAGAAGAGGAACAAGUGUUGAACUGGGAAGGCGUGGCGAUAGGGUAUGGGUUUGGAGUGUUACUUGGAUUGGCAGUAGCACAAAUCAUUGCUUUGUAUAAACCGAAAUCGCUAAUUUGUUUGAGGAAGUGCGGACACCAUUAA